GGUAUGCGGAAAUCAAGCUUGAGCUCUAGGCUAUCUAGUACAUAGAGAAGUAAAUAAAUCCCUCCUAAACUUUUCUAGCCCACGAGACAGGUCUUGUAUCCCGAGUACAACUCCAACUUCCCUUCCUCAACAACAUAACUCGCAGAGAUCGAGUUCGGUUUGAGGUGGAUAUUUUCCCCUCCUACACGCAUGGAAUCGUCGGUAUGCUGCGAUUAUUUUCGCAAAAUGCAACCAAAGUGACAAAUUCAACACAUGCAGCUGGGCGUCUACAGCAAUGCUCGAAGAUACAUAUACCACCAUGGAGACCUGCAUCGCCGCUAGAUGAAUGGGUUGCCAAAGAUGCGAGACCCAUUAGUCUGCGCCAACUCAUGGUCUUCGGACGGUCGUUGACUGAAGCACGACUUAUAAGCUCCGCGAACUAUGUGAGAACAGAGCUUCCAACCAGAUUAGCACACCGUAUACGAGACAUGCAAACGCUCCCCUAUGUCGUCGUCACCAAUCCGCAUAUGAGUCAAGUCUACGAGUUAUACUACAAAGCAUUUGAGAGCUUGCGAAGAGUGCGCGAUAUCAAGACACUAGAAGAUAACGACAAACUAUGCAAAGUCAUUAGCACUACCCUACAAGAGCAUCUUACCGUAAUACCAAAGCUAGCAAUGGGCGUGUUGGAAUGCCGAGAUUUAAUGAAUCCUUCGGACAUGGACAAAUUUAUGAACACAAUUUUGCGAUCGAGAAUAUCGCGACGAGUUAUCGCAGAGCAACAUCUAGCUUUAACAGAAACUUUCCAUUCACAGUGGAAUUUUCCCGAUGGGAAACCAGCGGAGUCUGAGUUUGUUGGUGAAGUCUUCUUGAAGUGCAAUGCAAAGGAGGUAGUCGAACGAGUAGGCAAUGAAGUUCAAGCUUUAAUGUCAGCUACUUAUGGCCCCUCCACCAUGAUGCCUGAAAUACGGCUUGCUGGACAUGUCGAAGCUACAUUUCCAUAUAUCCUCAGCCAUCUAGAAUACAUAAUCGGUGAACUACUACGAAACUCCGUGCAAGCGGUUGUCGAAAAGCAGAGAAACGGCCGAAACAAAAACCAACCUCCUCCUCCUAUCGACAUAACAGUCUGCGAAGCGCCCCAACAUGUGAUAAUCCGAGUAUCAGAUCAAGGAGGCGGUAUACCUCGAGAUAUUCUUCCAUACCUCUGGGCAUUCAGUAAAGGACCCCGCAGUAAUCAACGUCUUGAAAACCUCAACCAGGUACCAAAAAUGGCUGCUACAAUGCAAGAACUGCGCGUAACAGACGAAGCGCCCGAGUCGCAAGGAUCCGAAGGAACAGCAGCGAUGGCAGCGACUGGGGGGAAUGUAGGUCCCAGCUCCACAGCACACGAAACAUCCCUCUCUUCACUCACCAGUCGCCCUCCCAAUCUCCGUCUGGGUAUGGGUUUACCAUUGAGUCGAGUCUACGCCGAAUACUGGGCUGGGAGUUUAGAGCUACACAGUUUAGAGGGAUAUGGCUGUGAUGCAUUUUUACAGAUUUCGAAAUUGGGGAAUAAGAAUGAACAGUUGACAACGAGGGCUAGUAUGGAUGCUAUAUAGUAAGACAUGACUUUUGAAUAUACCCGGAAUGGCUUUCUUUGCAUGCGAUGAUGGAUAUCAAUAAAGCAGACUUGCACUUUCCUUUUCCAACUUCACCUAGGCGUUAAAGUUCAUGGGUUUGCGACGGCCACAGUGCACAGGCGGUCAGGCGGUGAUAUACAACACAAGAACUGAAUCAUGAAGAGUAGUAGGA